UUCUAAACAAUCCACAUUCAGUUGAACCGGCGGUGCACCCGCUUUCACUGUCCCAAAACAAAUAGGUUUUUACCGGCGAAAUCGACAUUGUUGACUACGUUGCAGUGGUAUUCUGUGUUUCCAACGCAGGGAAGUGUUGCGAUAGUUGGACGGACGUUCCUUGUGUCAGUAGUGUGAGGAUUCUUCUCGGAGGGUGGGACUCCUGUUCGAGCUGGGUCCCGUGUCUCACGCAUUCGUCCCCGGGGACUGUUGGAUACCCCUCCGCGGACACACCAACAUCGGCAUGGUGGAAAAAACUAUCCUCCAACCCCAUGAGGGAUCGGGAGAGUUUCAGAGCCGGACCGUUUCCCCAGACAGUUUAGCACUGGAUUGUCACGUCACAACAAGGCAUCAGAUGCCUCUGAACAACAGCGGUGACGACUUGCCCGGCGUUUGUGCCGGCUGUGGUGGUCGCAUCGUUGAACGCUACUACCUGCUCGCCGUAGACAAGCAAUGGCAUGUGUCCUGUUUAAAAUGCAGCGAUUGUAAAUUCAGACUCGACUCUGAACUUACAUGUUUUGCCCGGGAUGGUCUCAUCUACUGCAAAGAGGAUUAUUAUAGGAGAUUCGGAAUAAAGCGAUGCUCGCGCUGUCAUCUUGGAAUUGCCGCCAACGAACUUGUUAUGAGAGCACGUGACCUAGUGUAUCACCUCUCGUGUUUCACGUGUAGUUCGUGCAACCGAGCUUUGACACCAGGCGAACAAUUCGGAAUGAAAGAUCACCUUGUUUACUGUAGAACAGACUAUGAAAUCAUAUUUCAAGGAGAGUAUUUGCAAAGUCUGUCACCGGAACUCGGUGGACCAAAUAUUCCCUAUUAUAACGGAGUGGGCGCGGUCCAGAAAGGAAGGCCACGCAAACGGAAGAGUCCAUGUCCAGAGCUUGAGGGAUGUCCAUCAAUGGGUCUUGGCCCUGGGGAAAACCCUGACAGACCCGGGGAGGUACUCGACCGGGAGGGAUAUCAACACCAGACCCCCCGACAGAAGAGGGUACGGACGUCGUUUAAACACCAUCAGCUGCGGACGAUGAAAUCUUACUUUGCUCUGAACCACAACCCUGACGCAAAAGAUUUAAAACAACUAGCUCAGAAAACGGGUCUCUCCAAACGUGUUUUACAGGUUUGGUUCCAAAAUGCACGUGCAAAAUACCGCCGAAAUCUACUCAAGCAGCAAGACUCUGACAAGGGAAACUCCAACACAAACGGGAGCUCGAACGGAGAUAAAUCCAAAGACUCUCACGAUCAGUCACUCACCGAUCUCUCCAAUACCCGAUCUCCCGCCCUGUCGGACAUCAGUUCGAACGCCUCCCUGUCGGACAUCCAAACUCCAGCAUUGGACACAGAUCAGGGCAGCAACAGCAUAUCUGAUCUCUUCUCAAGCACAAUUGCCUCAAUAAACUAGCGAAUCCGGACACCUGUGUACCAAACAGAGAUUAUUUUCAAUUCAACCUAUGUUAUAUUUAUUGAAAGACCAGAAUAAAGUCUGGUUGACAUGGUGUACAGUUAAGCGGGAAAAUUCCGCGAUUUUGUAAUCGGAUGUGUAUAGUUCGACAUGUGAAACAGUUCGGCAAACAGACAUGAAUGUGGACGAAAAGGCCUGAUAGCAUUAUGUCGCCUAGUUCGGCAAUGAGACAUUGUUGAUGACGUUCGGCUGAAGGUUUAAAACGAUCUACUUUGUAACAAAAAGUGCUUUUGAGGUCCCAAACAACGGAUAUUUUUUUCAAGUGCUAGCUAGCUGAAAUGAAAUUUAUGAAGAAAACAUACUCAACUGAAAUGAUUAGACAACCGGAAGUGCUAUGUGUGAUGGGAACACUCACAGUUAUUCAAAACAAAACCCAGCAAACGUGAAAUUGACUUUUUGCUCGGCAUACAAGUGUAAAUAGUUGGAGAAGGACUAUGCUAAAAAGUUGGUUUCUCGCCCAGAAGCGAGAAAAACACUAACUGCUCAAAUAUGCCGCACGUGCAAGAUUUGGAAAAAAUGCUUUUUGUGUGGACCGUUUAUGAUUUUAAGGUGCAGCCAACUCAAAUGUGUAGCAGAUAAAAGACGGAACGGCGCUUUCUUUGUAUUCUGUAGAUACAUUGAAUUAAAAACAGUCAGUGGUUCCUCUUUGAACUGAUAGCGAGCAUGUGUAAUGUGGUCCACGUCCUCUCAUGAUGGCGGCUGGCGUUUGGAUCCGGGCUGAUACAAAAUCAAAAACAGAUUUCAGUCCGGUUACGGAACCGUAUGUGAGACGAAAAUACUUUAGUAAUACAAGGCACAUUCCAAAGAGCUGCAUGUGCAAUGCUGAUGUAAGCUAUGAAAAGUAGGAUUCCUAAACGGAAACAUGGAUUCAUAAUCCACGCUCUCAGACUGUCGAGCUUUACAGUAGGUUUUAUAUCGCAUUCAUCAUUGGAUGGUUUAGAUUUAUAGAUUUUGAUUUAUAUCGACACAGUUAUUCCUCUUUCGCAAAUGUGAUAUGAAGUUUUAUCUCAACUAUCGAAAUACAAACCUAACAUUAUAAAAAGGCAUUUAAUCUCAUCACCCAAUACUUUCUUUUAGUUAUAAAUGUUGAAUAUAAUAAUUUAAAUUUCAGUAUGUCGAGUUAUAAAUAUCUACAGGUGUACAAUACAGGUGUAAAAUGGAUUGGUAAACCCAAGCUAAAUCUCACAUAUCGCCUUCUCUUUGAUGAUUUGAUGUGACUGUUUAGGUAACUUUUACAUCAUACUACCCCCAUGUGUUGUUUGGGGGAGGACGGGGUUAUUCUUUGGGGGAACUGGCAAGCAGAUGGUGACGUGAGUGUCUGGGUACAGCGAGGGCAGAAUGGGUAAAGGGAAUGCAGGUUAAAACACAUUUCCUUCUGCUCAGCAGAUUCUGUCGAGCGCUUGUGUCGAUAUACCAGGUGCAAUAUUGAAUGUGGGAAAAAGGUGCAAAGUCCGCAUUGUUUUAUCCGCCAACUGAGCUAUGAUUCUGGUUCCUAUUCAGCUCACUCGCACCGGAAGUUCUAACAAAAUUACGCCCCUUUUCUUGAAAUUUAUUAAUUUCAACCUGUAUCUACUCUUCUUUAUGAAUCUUUUUGUUUUAAGUCAUUGAUGGUUUUUAAUGCUUGGACUUAGUUGUGCCAGCCAUUAUGAUCGUGUCGAUGUGAAUCCCAGAUUUCCUUAUCGUGAAUUAGCCGUGUGUGUUUCAGGAUAUUCUCACUUUCUGAUCCAACUAGCACAAAAGGCGUAUAAAUUGGGAUCGGGGACGAAGGAAACGAAACGAAAAAGAACUCAAAGACCCUUCACGUCUGUAGCUCAUUAGAAGAAUGUAAAGAACCUAACAUGGGACAGAAUCAUUUUUAUUGGUUGAUAUUAACAGCUGACAUGCGGUCUGCUAUUUCGCCUUUGGGCGUGGCUCAGAUAAAAGGGACAUUUUUAUGAUAGUCUUUUCACCUUAACCUGUCCCCUACUCUUCACACUCUCGACCUUCGAUUUCGCCUAGCAUAUGGAAUUCGCAUUUUUAUCGGAAUUAGGGAUAUCAGGUGUUAUUAAACACGAUUUCUCUAAUAAGUGACCUCGGUUUUACCUUUGAGGGGAGAUAACUCUCGAUAAUCGGCGUAGUGUUUGGUUACCAGGGUCAAAUGACGACUGUUAUCACUUGGAAUGGGACAAGGAAAUUACUUAUUAUUUAUGCCAGUGAUAUGCUCGGCCCAUAGCCGGGUGUGUUUUUUUAAUCCCUGAUACUUUGGUCACAUGUAGAUGCCUGCUUUGUGAAAAAGAACGGCAGCCACCGAAACAAAGGCAAAAUACCAUUGGUUUGCGGAAGGGGUGAGGAUGUCGGAUUCUCAGAACAUGUUUCUUCAUAUCAGGGGCCUCUAACGUGGAAAAGUAUGGCACUAAUUUUGAAGUUGAAUAUUUUUCUGUUAUCCCCACAUCACAUUUUCGUUCUGACAGGAUUGAAAUACAUUUUCCUUCAAGCCGUAUAUCCCCGGCAUCAAAUCAACUUCUUAGAUUGUUUGUCUGGCACAAUGCACGUGCACACCGUACGGUAGAGUCAGCCCUUCAUCAACCUAAAUUGACGCCGUCCCUUGUGGCAGGCGAUAGGUAGGAAUCUUAUCUCAAGUUAAUGAUAUUAAUCACUCCGUAACGUCAACAAAAGAUACAAACAUCUUUUUUCACAGCGAUUCAUUUCCACACUGUUUAGCAGAUCCAGAAAUUGAAAUCAGAAACUUUUCAAAUAGUCUCUUUUACUACCCAACAUGAACUUUUAAAACCAAACAUUUUUAUUUAAUUCGACUGGGUAAAUGUGUGUCUUCUCAUAUACUGAUGUUUAUUAGGCUGGAGGUCGACAUUUAGCAAAAGGAUUAUAAACGUGUUCUGUCGCGGAGGUAUUUUCCCGAUAAUAUACCUCCUGUUUCGUUUCUUUCUCCCCAGACGCUGGUCGAAGGCUACAUCUGACUAAAUCAAAUCUAAAUGUGGUAGCUAUCUAGGAAUUCCGAUCCGUGUUCGUUUUCCGGUUCGGGUUUUAUACUGACAACUGUGACAACUGCGGGAUUGCCGAUCCAAUAUGGCAGCCAUUGAGAAAUUCCUAUACUCUCUCACGGCGAAGGAUUCGAGCAUCUGUUUUUAUUUAUCUGACAAUCUGGUGGCCAUUUUGUAAAACAGUUUAUCCAAACAGAAACAGUCUGGCUGUGGGCUGCAACGGCAGCGACUCGGCCUUUAAUUUUCGUUUACCUUCGCAAAUGGCUGGCGUCAUUUCGGCCACUUACCCAUACACGUGCGCAAAUGCCCAAUAGGAUUAGAGUCAAUUUCCUUCUCAACGAUGCUUCAAAACACGUAUCGCAUAUUCUUCUUUUUUUAGGAUUCAGUUUUAGUUGUAAACUCACGUGACGUGAAUGUCUCACGUGACUAACAAUUCAGUAAAUACAUUAAUUAAUUAACUGAACAUAUUAUUAAAAUAAUAGAAGAAAUAAAAGAAGUCUCGCAAUAUUUACAUCCAUAGAGAUUUGCAAUUAAUGUAUUAUAAUUAAUGUUCUUUAAUCUGUAACACCUCCCAAUAGUUUUUGCUGCGUUAAAUAUUCAUCAAGCCAGAACAGCACAUUUCCUUUUGUCGAUUAAUGAUCGUCCAGUUUUUUUGCCCAUCUUGCGCCAGACGACAUUGGAAGCAAGGGAGCAGACGAUCAUAGAUUCGCGCCACCUGCCCCGUCUCAGUCCUGCUCUGCUUCGUCGGCAGAAUUAGAAUACCAAAGCAUUGUAACUGUAUCAAAUUCAGGUGCGCUUUCCUUCAAAAUAAUCGUCUAGAAUAAUUUAUUUUUGAAACUGAGAGCAUUAUUCUCACCGCUACGUGCGUUACAGAUAAAGUUUGGAAAGUAAAUGAUGAGACCCGUGCACUGAGGAUUAAAAUUGUAUCUUUAAGGAGUUGUCUUCUCAAAUUUCUUGAAUUCGUUUGCUGAACCUCGAGUGCAGGCGUUCAUUGUAUACUGCUAUCGCAAGUCCACACUAAUUUACUAUUUCAAUUUAACUAUAGUUGACGUGAUUAAGACGGGGAGUUUUGUAGGAGGUUUGUAUGGUUCCAAGAUUCUAUUUUAUGUGUUUUGUGGGAAGUCUUCUUUUUAAAUCUGUAUUAUCUGUCC